UCGUGGUGGUAGAUGAGGAUGAUAGCACUACAGCCAGCCCAGCCCUGUGUCUGCUCAUCAUUCUUCACUACUCAACGCUCGUCUCCCUGUUUCGUCGCGUGAGCUCGACCGAUCAGUUCCGCCGCUCGAUCCCCACCGGAGCUGCCCUCCACCGGUUACCAUAAUGGCCAAUCAUAGGACAUGUUACUGGUGCAGAGCCAUGUUCGAUGCUUGUAAAUACUCUGUGGCACGCUUGGACUGUGGACAGGGGUUCUGUGGCAAUGGCUUUAUUGUGUUCGCCGGUAACAACACAUGUCUCAUGCUGACGUGUGCACAUGCUGUGAAGAAGGAGGAGAGCAAUGGUAGUACUGUUGUUUCCAAUGUGAGCGUGAGCUUUUGUAAUGGUAAAACGUUCAAUGCUCGAGUCGAUUAUGUCGACGAACAUAGAGAUCUAGCGUUACUCAGAGCCGAUAAUGUUGAUGAUGCCUCUCUUAGUCCUUUGCGAUUCUGGGAGGAUGGAGAUGUUGUUACGGGGACUGAUGUUAUUUUACUCUCCUUUUUCACAAUGAAUGGUAUGGUUCUUGUAGAACCAGGAACAUUUCCCGGCAAGAUAUUGUCUGAACCAGUUGUGUUUCGAAAAGAAACAGGUAAAGUUGAAGAAAUUAGAUUAGACUAUAUAUCCAUGAAUGGCACAUCAGGUGCACCUGUUCUCUUACCGAGAGUAAACAAGGUGGUGGGAGUGAACGAUGGAGCUUUUGGUACAACCAAGACUGCUAGUACUGUUCGAAUGAUAGAGGAAGCUUUAAGACAGUGGCUUCAAACUGAAGAUGAAACCAUAACAAUCUCAGGCAUGCUAGAGAUGAUCGCUGGACAAUGAAGUACCAGGUAUAAUCUUCAACUUGAAUAGGAUUGAUGGACAAUGAUUCGGUUGGAAGUACGAUGCAAGUGUUGUUGAAAAUAUAAAGGCAUGCUUUCACUGAAAUGAUCCAUAUGUCUAAUGCAUUUUAGAACGCUAUGUUUCAAUCGUAUGUGUUCGAAGACCUGGCUUUCCAUCGUAUGUGCGCUAACACUUGGAUUUACAUGUACCGUUCAUCUUUUUGUUUAGACCAACUGUGUUCAUCUUAAUGCUACAUGCUGUGUGCUGGAGAAAACUUGAUCAUGCAUGAACUUUGUUGGUGACCAAAUCAUUGCGUAUCCAGUUACUCCUGCUU